CUCAGUUCAUCUUGCAAAUUUUGGAUCAUUCAUAACCAUUAAGUGGACAAAUCUUCUCACUUUGAUCAAGUAAAAUGGGUUACGAUGUCGAGCGUUUCGUUGGUGAAGUGGUGGACAACGAGCUUCUAUGUCAAAUUUGUGCAUCGGUUCUGCAAGAUGCCGUGGAGACACCGUGCGAGCACUUUUUUUGUAUGGAGUGCAUAAAGAAUUGGCUUUUGCUAAAGAAAGAUUGUCCGAUCGAUCGACAACCGUUACGGAAGGCUCAACUUAGAAAGCCGAGUCGUUUGCUUCGUAAUCUACUAGGUAGACUGGAGAUCAAAUGUGAUUUUGAGGAGUAUGGAUGCAACAUGGCCGUGAAAUUGGAAAAUUUGGACAACCAUCGGAGCAUUUGCAAUAACAAUCCGGAUACAGAAAUUACAUGCAAUAAAGGAUGCGACCUGCCAAUCAGACGACGUGAUCUGGCGAACAAUUGUCUUGUCCACUUGAAAAAUAGAAUCCAUGGUCAGGAUGAAAAAAUAUCGCAUCUAUCGACGACAGUGUCCGAGCAGCGCGCCCGAAGAAAAGACCUCAUGACAGAUAUUGCCAGAGAGCAAAGCAUGAUCGUCGCGUGUGAGGAUGAGAUCGAAAAACUUCACAAAUUGGUUUCACCAAUCAGCAAAGUGAGAUUACUUUUAAAUGUGGACAAGGACAUUUUUCAAAUUUCCGAAAAUUUGAAAACGCAUCAUAACCAAGGUAUUUUGGAAAAUGAGGACAAAUCUCACAACGGGGUUGCACAGUUGGUUCAUCAAUUAGAACCGUCAAAUCCAUCCUUCAGUUUGUGUGUACUGAACAUUGGGCCUUUCAUUGCUAUGGGAUUGGCAGGUAGAGAGUCUUCAGGAAGCGCGAUUCUUGACACAUCUUUAGUUUAUUUGAACGAUGGAGCUGUACUGUUCCGUAAACAAGUAAUACGUACCGGAGAAGCGUGGAAAGAGGGUGAUCAUAUUAGCUGUAACGUUAAUUUUCCAAUCAAUGGAUCUAAUGAUUUGUCGUCCCAUAACAGGAACAAAGAAGUUUCAUUUUACAAAAAUUUUAAGAAAAUCGUAACUAUUCCGUCGGUAGAACUUCCUGGAUAUUUUCCAACUGUCUUUAUUGGAUCUUUUUGAAUUGUUUACAUAAGAAGAUUAAGUCGGUCGUGGAAUUUAGUCUGCCCUGAAGCGAGGCAACAAGUGAAAUUUUUGGACUGAAACUUUUAAAUGUAUGUAUUUUCAAGGCUUACAAGAAUAUUUAUUGUGAUUUUUACUCUACUUUUACAUUUGUUGUAAUAAAU